UCCGUUCGUAGCCCGUCCUGCUCGCAAAAAUCCUCACUUCUUGACCCCCAAAGCCCUCGUCCAUUCGCAGUGCUACUGGGAUGUCCUCCUCCGCUUCCAUGGUGUCCGCUGGUCCCUCUCUGGACGACUGCUUGAAGCUUCUGAGAGGAGAGCGGGACGAGCAGAAGCUCGCCGGUCUCCUCCUCGCCACCAAGUUCUGUCAGGGGGACGACAACGCCUCCAUUCUCGAGGUUUAUCAAGCCGUCGGCCCUCGAUUCCUCGACCGUCUUCUGCUCACUGGAAUGGGCAAAGCAACCGGGGGUGUUAAGGGUGGCGAGGAUCGGGAAGCUUAUUUGCGGCUUGCUCUUACUGUUCUUGCGGGGUUUUGUCGGGUAACAGAGAUUGCUUCAUCAGAGGAAAUGGUCUCUAAAGUUCCUCUUGUGGCGGAAAUCGUAUCAAAAUCGUCAGACCCAUCAAUUUUUGAGGAAUGCUAUGAAUAUCUAUUGUUGGUUGCAACAGCUUCAGAAAACAGUAUCACAAAAUUUUAUGAGCCUAGAGUAAUGGACAUGCUAGCUCCACAUAUCUCUACUUUGACUGAUGGUUCUCGGUCUUUGGAGCUUGCCAUGCGACUGCUGCAGUUGGUUGUCAAUAAGCUAUCUGUGGACAUGUUGAAUACUGAAAACCUAACAGGCAUCUCAUGCAUGGUGGCUUCUAUUGCCAAACAAUUUGCUGUCCUGCAAAAUGCUUUCAAAUUUGAUGCGUUGCACCUACUCACUACUCUUUUGUCCUCAAAUAACACUCUACUUCAUGGUGCUCUAAGGUCGACGGAAAGCAAAAUUUGGGCAGCUCAAAUACGUAUUGGUAUUAUGACGGUCCUUCAAAACCGUGUUGUGUCUGCUGAAAAGCUUCAGGCGCUUCUUCUGGCUGAGUCCAUGAUGUCUAUAGUUGGUGAAAACUGGCUGCUGGAAUGCAGUAAAUUGAAUGAAAAUGGUGACCAGGAUCCUUUGCCAGUUGACAAGUUUUUGUUACUUGUACUUGAGUCUUCACGGAUUGAAGUCGCUGUUCUUCUCAAUGAACUUGCCUACUUGAAAUAUGAAGCUUCUAAAAGUUCUUCAAAUACUGCUGAAACCAUUGUCCAGAAGCAGAGAAAUCUGGCUAUAUCAUUUUCAUUGAUAGAGAAGAUCAUUAAACUAAUUUCAAAUAUUUGUGGGGCAGAAGGUCACCCUAUCAUCAAUGAAAGGACCUUGACGAAGGCGAUUGCUGGACUCAAUGAGACAAUAAAUUUAGUACUUGAUUUUUUACAAGAUUCCAAGGAUCACGGACAGAGAAAAGGAGAUGAUCUUUUAGCUGCAGUACGAAUAAUUGGAAGUUAUCUUGCAGAAACACCCUUGGCAUGCAAGGAAAAGACUCGGGAUCUCUUAGGAUAUAUUCUCUCAAUUGAAGGUGAAAAUGAAUCAAGCCCCUUUUACUCCAUCUGCUUCUUGCUUCCAAUGUUGUGUCAAAUAACCAUGGAGGUUGAUGGAUGCAAGGCCUUGGCUUCAUUUGAAGGACAUAUUGCUGUGGUAGAAUGCCUUGUGAAAAUGAUUGGAAGAUAUGGAACGAUGGUGGAGGAUAAUGGUCCAAUAUUCCUGGCAUGUGAUACAAUCCUGAACUUUCUACUUAACAGAAAUGAACUUCAGGUUAAACUGGAGGGUUCUCAAUUCAUCCAUCUGUUAAAAGCAUUAGCCUUGUGGACUGAGAGUAGCAAUGAUCCAUUCAUUGACAUGAUGGCUUCAAGCAUCUGCGCUUUGGUAUUUGACUUAACAUCAGAGGAAUCUCUUUUAAACAGUCCCGGAUUUGACAGAAGUAGCAUCGAUAUUUUAUCUCGGCUCCUUGUAAGAUGUUUGAAUGAGGGGGAGACAAGCAACAAUGCAGAGGACCAAGUAGACCUCCAUCAGAUAAUUACUGCAGGGUACCAUCGGUGGGCUGAUCGGUUCCCACAUGUUAGAAAUACUUUUGAGCAUGUGAAGAACACUCGAAGAUGUUGAUGCAGUAGAUUGUGCAUGGCUCUGGUCAUUUCCCGAGGCUUCAGUGGGGUUCCAAUGUCUCCUGAUGGCACUUUAACAGCAAUGAGAAAGCCAUGUUUGUCGGCGGCCCGUGCCUGCUUGUUUGAGGUUGUCAUUGUAUUCUAUAUAUUGAGGUUGACUGCCAUCAAUUAUCUUUUACAUUGUACUUCAACAUCUAAACGCAAAUUAUGUAGCACAAAAGCCAAACAUACGCCGCUGAAGAUGAAGUCAUAUCUGCUGAAAAUUGCUUUUGUGGACUGGUGGAUCUGUGGCAGUAGCUGUAACAAUUGCAGCUUGAUUAAUAACUAUGGUUUAUAAUGACCUUGCAUAUACAAAAAAAAAGAGGAUGAGGCUUGGCCAGGCUGGCUGAGGUAUCAAACUUGUACCAACUUUUGCCAAAAAUCGUGGUGUAAUAUAGCUCUUAGAAGAUAUUCUUAUGAAUAAGGAAAUUCACAGCCUUUGUUUAAGUAGCAAUGAUUAUUGAAUAUCAUGCAGGAUGAACGUAACAGUUGCUUGUAGAUUGUCAUGUUGUUGCUUGUUACUGUUGUUUCGUAAUGGGAAUUUGAGGUCUUGCACCAAUAAAUUGGAUUGUUGCUGCUCUUAUUUUU